GGGGCCGUCAUGUUCUUCCUUUCUAACCUUCUAAUAUCGGAGCCGUCUCCCGGUUAAGAUGACACUGAAUUAUCUUUAGGAUACCAUUAGUACCUGCUGAUUGACGCUGACAUUUAAAGGAAAGUUUCCUUUUGGUCCAGACCCAUAGUUAGGUGGUGUUUCUUUAUCUAAUGUGUGAUUUGUGUGUCAGUUGACAGGCAAAGGUAUAAUUUGUGCACUCUCUGACACGUCGUGCCUUCCCGUUGCAGCUCAUGGUGGGGAUCAUCCAGGCUGCAGAGCUGCCUGCCAUGGAUAUGGGAGGGACAUCGGACCCUUAUGUGAAGGUCUACCUUCUGCCUGACAAGAAGAAGAAAUUUGAGACCAAAGUCCACAGGAAGACCCUAAAUCCCGUCUUCAAUGAGCAGUUCAUGUUCAAGGUGCCCUACGUAGAGCUUGGUGGUAAAACGCUGGUUAUGACGGUUUACGACUUUGACCGCUUUUCCAAGCACGAUGCCAUCGGCGAUAUCAAGGUGCCCAUGAACAAAGUGGACUUCAGCCGUGUAACAGAGGAGUGGAGAGAUAUACAGAGUGCUGAGAAGGAGGAGCAAGAGAAGCUGGGUGAUAUCUGCUUCUCUCUGCGAUACGUUCCCACCGCCGGCAAGCUGACCGUGGUCGUCCUUGAGGCCAAAAACCUGAAAAAAAUGGACGUGGGUGGCUUGUCAGAUCCAUACGUGAAGAUCCACCUCAUGCAAAACGGAAAGAGGCUGAAGAAGAAGAAAACGACAAUCAAGAAGAACACCCUUAACCCUUACUACAACGAGUCCUUUAGCUUUGAAGUACCAUUUGAACAAAUCCAGAAAGUGCAAGUUGUUAUAACUGUUCUGGACUAUGACAAGAUCGGCAAGAACGAUGCCAUUGGCAAGGUGUUCGUGGGCCUGAACAGCUCGGGCACGGAGCUGCGCCACUGGUCCGACAUGCUGGCCAACCCGCGGAGACCAAUCGCCCAGUGGCACGUGCUGAAGCCCGAGGAGGAGGUGGACGCUCAGCUCGCCACCAAGAAAUAGGCAGGGCCCCUUUCAGCUCCUUGCCUUGUAGUACUCUUUAGCCAGUCUGUGUAAAUACCUCAGUGAUAUAUGGGUCCAUCCAUGUAAGCCCUCCCUUUACCUUCUGAAUACACAAAGUAAAGCGUUCAAACGUCCCGCUUUUCUUUUUUCUCUUAGGUUCCCCGUUUGUUUUCCUCUCUGAUUUGAUUGAUUUCCUUCUCUGAGCCCUUCACCGCCACGACCAAAAGCCCCCUUCUUUUAAGCAAUAUGAUCUGUAUAGAUAGCGCAUGACUGAAAGAGUUUAUUGUACCACAGUUGUAUAUAUCAGUAUGCAGACAAAAAUGAUUUCUAGUUUCUGUGUUUGUAUGUUGUUACCCGUUUCCUAAUCUGUGUAUAUCUCGAUGUUUUUAAUAAGAUGUUCUAUUUUAAAUUAUGUAAAUGCAGAUAUAGAGGAAAGCCAAUAUUAUAUAUCCCAGGAUUUAAAAAGUCUACCUUAUUACCUUAUUGCAUUCCAGAAUAAAAAGACAAUUAUCUCCAACCUGCGAGCGAGGAAAAUGUUCCGAUCGUAAAGGACGGCGUCUGGCUCUCAGUUAAGCAUCAUAGGGUAAAAAAACACAUAAAAAACACAGAUUAUUAUAAAACAAGGCCAUUAACUGCUAUGGUUCUCUUGGGAAAAUUAUGCUGCUGGACCUUUUACAAGCACAUGACUUCUAGUGAUGUUUCGUACUUAGUUCUCUGCCAGGAUCUGCAGUAUGUGUUCGGGUUGAAAAGAUUGCGAUUGAGUCUGUCGUCUUUUCACAUUUGGCAAAAUGGUUUUCACUUUCUUUUACAAAACUUGAGAAACAGACCUGAUGUUUGGGGGGGGUAAAAAAAAAAAAAAGCACCAAGCUGUAGCCAUUGUGCCCUUAAUCUUGUUUGACAAUAUUAUGUUUAAACAGCCUUGUCGUAGUUGGAAGUGUCACAUUUUAGCAAAAGGUUUUAAAAGAAAUGCAGAUUUGGACUCAAGAGGACUAUUUUUAGCGCAAUUUAGCGUGUUGACUAUUUUUAGUAAAGUGCAUGAUACUUUUUAUUUUUGCGAUCUUUUACUUAAGGCCGGCAGACAACAGGGGGCGCUGCUCUGUUAUGAUUACCUUGCCUUCAAACAGAGGAGUGGCCUAGAAAGAAAAAGACAAAAAAAUCCAACUUUGUCUCAACUGAAUGUUGAGUUUCUAAACACUGCCAUUUUCAGGGAGGCGGCCGAGUUGAGGGCCUCUCUUCAUGCACACUCCCCCACUCCCUAGUGGUCGUAGCUCCGGGUUUUCGGGAACAAUGCCUCUGGCUGCAGUGGUGCCCUAAAUCGCAGUCUAUGUAUGCUUUGCGUUGCCUUCUCACAGUGACAAUAGAGCUAGCCAUGUUUUACUGCCAAUUUAAACUUUUAUGUGGCUGCUGUUUUUGCACUGGACGUCUUUGAAACUCGCUCGUUGACUUCUCUAGGAAACAUUUCUGCUUUGUGUCGAGACACCUGCAUGGGGAGCCAGAGAUCCUCACAGGGACAACAAGCGUUUCUUUGAAGCAGGGCAAACGAUUAAAAACAGAGGUGUGGGGAAAUUUGGCCCAUCAAUUUAGCAAACUGUACAUCAUUAGCACUUUUUUUAGACACAGUUUUAGCCUUUUUUAUGAGACAUUAUGCUCAGAAUAUUAUUUAUUUUAAUCGAAACCUAUUUUAUAAUUUCCUGCUCUUGAAAGGUAUUGAUUCUGGAAGUGAAAAUCUGGCUAAAAUUUUAACGUCAGUCCUAAUGAGCAAUACUCUUUUGCUUAUUUGCGGACUAACAACUCAUACUUUUAUCCUAAACAACUCUCUAAAUGGAGCGUAAACCAUGCUUGGAGUGCUUGAAACCGUAGAAAUGGACUGAAGUCUGUGUGCAGUUUCCUAAAUUUAAUGAAUUGCAAUGUGUGUGAAUGGUUUUUGAAAAUCCCAAAAUAUUGUAUUUCCUGAAUAUUCUUUUAAUUGUAAAAGAAAGGAUUGCAAUCCCUUAAAUUAAAGGAUAAGAAUCCAGUGCAUGCUCACGAUAUCUUAAACUGAGACAACGGAUCGGAUUACACGCAUGCGGUUUUGGAAGCUGCAGGAACAGGUUGAAAUUUGUACAGAAAAUUCAUCCCUUAAACUGAAAGAACAGACUGCAAUUAGCACAACUGGUUUUCAAACCUGCAGGAACAGAUUUCAAUCCUGAGUAUAAUUUCCCAAACUGAGGGAAUGCAGUGCGGUCUCUCUGUACAGUUUUCUAAUCAUUUCUCUUACUGAGAAACAACUGAUUGCAAUCUAAGCGAUUCAUUUUCAAAACUGCAGGAACAGAUCCCCGUUUGUGCACGGAGUCUCCUAAACGAAUAAAUCUGAUUCCAUUCUGUGCAUCUGGUUUUCUAAACUGUGAAUAAACUGAUUGCACAUUCCUUUGUACAGUUUUCUAAACUGAGGGAACAGCUGGCAAUGUGUGUAUAUUUUUUUAUAAACUAAGGGAAGGCGUGGAAAUUGUGCUUGCAGUUUCCGCAACAGUGGAGGUGGGUGGCAUAGGUUCCCUUACCUACAGCACAGAUUCCAGUCCAAGCAUAACUUUUUUAUAAACUCAGAGAACAGAUAUCAGACUCUGCGUACAGUUUCCUAAAGUGAGAAAAUGGAUUUCCCCCGCCUCCUUUUUUAUUCCAUCUCGCCUGCUCUGGGCCCCGCACCUUUAGGCCGACAGCAUCAGUUUACGUUUGCCGUCAACACAUGACUACACCUGGAGAGCAGGUGAACAGCCGUAAAAAAGUUAAUGGUCUGCUGUGUCCAUCGUGUCCUUUACUUUACGGGUCCAGUUAGGAAACCAUGACGUUUCUUAUCUCGGAGGAACCUCUUGCAUAUACUCGAUGCUUAUACUUCAGGAGGACUUUCUAAAUGUUUUCAAUGUUAUUGUGUAGUUGAUAGCACUAUUAUGAAGAAGCUACUUGUCAUUCCAUAGGAGUCUCCGAGGACUGCUUUGUGUAUCACUGUGACUGCCGUGUGUGCUUAGAGAUGUAGAUUUAUCGGUAGGUAGCGAGUUUGUUCUGUAGUGAUGUUGUAGCGUUUAAUGCCAUCCCCCCCCCCCCGCCCGCCCGCCCUUCCUACCCCCCCCUCCUUCUACACGCAACCAGAGAGAGAGAGAGCGUGCACGCCAGCACACGACGUCACGCGUUUUUAUCCGAGCGGGUCGCUUUCACACAGCAUUUUGUUGAGCACUGUGCAAUACUUGUAUGUUCAUCCCAUAGUGUUAAAAUCAGCAGAGAGGGUGACGUCCGUUCGUCCGUCCCGGAGAGGCCGCACUUGUUUGCCUCCUUUUAGGGUUUUCCUCCCUCUUUUUUUUUUUUCCUGCAGGUUUGUUUUUCUCGUCUUGCACACAGUUCCAGCAUCAGAACUUUCAGGGAGUCUCAGUUAAAAACCAAACAAGUUAAAUAUCCCUAAAAAAAAAAAUGCCAUGUAUAUGUCCACUUCAUGUCAGAAAGAAAUAUAGAAGUGAGAUAAAUAUAUCUAGUGCACAACAAGCAUCUUUCAUCAACAUUUUAAAUCUCGUCUUUAUUUAUUUUCUGCCUUAUUGAGUCAAUAUCCUUUUUUUAUAUUUGAGAAGAAAACUCUGAAUGUACAGUAUAGACUGUGUUGGUGUAGAUUUCUUUAUUCGUGAGAUUAUUAGAUGUACUUUGCACUUUUCGUUGUAAAAAAAAAAGUAAUUAUAGUAAUUUAAAUGAUUUUUAAACUCUCCAUUCAUAACCUGUGUGAGGGUAACAGCUCUCCCUGUCUAUAAACUUCCACACAACCUCAUCCCCAUUGACGGCUAAGAGUGGCACAAUUCGAUAAAACAGAAGUUACAUAUGUGAUAAUUUAAAUAAAAUAGCAAUGAAUACAUUAAAGAAAACAAAAAUGUAAUUUUAUGUAAAUUAAUUAAGAAAUAACCAGUAAAAUCAACAUUGAAUUGAGCAUUUAAUGUUAUAUCCUGUGUAUUAUGAAAACAUUUAAACUGUAAGAAAAAAAAUCUAUAAUAAUUGAUUUACUAGUGGUUUUAUUUUUGUUUUAACACAGAUAUAUUUUUAAUUCAUCUUGAACUGGAGCUUUGAUCCUGUAAAUAAUUUGUUAAAGAUUCAUACACUGCUCAAAAACACUUUUUAAUCAGAGAAUAAGUCGGUAGGAUGAGGCGAUACGUGGACGCUGCAGAGAUCACUCAGGCUCUCCAGCUCCACAUCAAUAUGUGCUGUUGCCAGAAGGCUUGCCAUGUGUCCCAUUACAGUCUCAACAUUAUAAAGGAGAUUCCAGGAGACAGGCAGUUACUCUAGGAGAGCUGGACAGGGCCGUUAGAGGUCCUUAACCCAUCAGCAGGACCGGUGUCUGCUCCUUUGUAGGAGGAGCAGGAUGAGUCCUGCCAGAGCCCUAAAGGGACCUCCAGUGCAGCACUGGUAUCCAUGUCUCUGAGCAAACCGUUAGAAACCGCCUUCAUGAGAGUGACCUAAGGGUCGGACAUCCGAUCACCAGAAUGGACAGGUUCAGCUCUGGCGCCAUGUUCUUUUCACAGAUGAGCGGGUUCCCUCUGAGCUCAUGUGACAGACAUGAAACAGUCUGAAGAAGCUGCGGUGAACCUGAAAGAUUGUUGAGGAUGAUUGGUUUGGUGACCGCUUAGUGUUGGCCUGGGAAGGCACGUCCAUGGACAGGAUGCACAGACCUGUGCAGGAUAAACGAUGGCACCCUGACGGCGUUUAGCUAUCAGGAUGAAAUCCUUAGAUCCUUUGCUUCAGUGGGUUCUGGGUUCCUCCUGGUGGAUGAUAAUGCCUGAGAGUUCCUGUAAGAUAAAGGAACUGAUACCAUUGACUGGCCUCCAUGCACCCUGACCUAAACCCAACAGAACAUCGCUGGGACAUCAUGUUUAGCUCCAGGUUGCACCUCAUGGAUAUCUAGCAGAUUUUUUUUAAUCUUCUAUGCUACAAUCCAUUAAUAAAAAACCUAAUCUUUCUCUAUGACUAAUUAUUAAGGCAUCAAAAAGGUAAAAGAAAUUCAGGAAAGGCUGCAACACAGAAAAAUGAAAUAGUUACAUUUAAUAGAUAAUUUUACAUAUUAAUUUAAAUGUGAAUGACUGAUUUUCACUUUUCUAAAUUAUAUAUUUGAUAAAUAUUCAAAACAUUCAAAUAAUUAUUUAUUUCCCAUUUGUAUUUCCAAUUUUAUUUGAAUUAUCACAAACAUCAAUAUUUAUUUAAUCUUGACCAGGAGCUAAAUGUGCCACAGUCCAAUAAAUAUAAAAUGGUAAAUCAUUGUGAUCAUUUCAAUCAAAUUGCAACAUUAUUAAUAUAAAUUAACAAAUUGCUUUUCAAAUGUCUCACUGUAUUAAAUACACAAUUAAACUCAUCAAUGUGGAAAUCAUUAAAUAAAACUUUAAAUAAUUUUCUCAUUUGUUUUUAAUUAAUUCAUAAUUUCCUGUGCUUGGGUCCAUCAUGAAAUCAUUAGAAUUCAAUUAAAUUCAAAUAGAUGUAAAUAAAUGAACUUGCAGAGAUUUGUUUGUUUUAAUGUUUAAAUCUUAAAUAAAUUACAUUUCAAUAAAAACAUUCAUUUCUUUGUGUUUCCAAUUUUAUUUGAAUUAUCACACGUGUCUAAAUAUAUAUUUAGCAACCAACCUCUAAUGAAUUGUCUCACUUUGGCCCAUCGGCACUCUCUCUUCGACUUGAGGGAAUAUUUUAUUUGACAUUUUUCGCGCGUAGAUCCAUGAAAUCCAGAACAGCUUCAGAUUUCAAUGAAAACUUUAAAAGGAUUAAAGUCCGAGGCCUCGGCGAAUCAAGGCCGCGUUGAUCAGACAGAGACACAUCAGGGAAUUCAGUAACGGGUCAGCGUUGCAGAACCCAUCGGAUUGUGAUGUGAGGUUGGGAGGAAAAAAAAAAAACAACCUUACAAAGCAAAAAGCCAUUAUUACCUGCACUGCAACGCCACGCCCUCCCCCUCUUCCUCCCCGUAUCGCGGUUUCCUACCAAAGCGUGCAAGUAUAAUCAGCAAAAAGCAAAUCUCCCCUAAAAAAAAAAAAAAAGCUGAUCAAACUCUCUGUGUGACAAGAUUCUCUCCAACGGAAAAGCCACACUGACCUUUCAGAAGCAAAGCUGUGUAAAGUAUUAGAAUCUGAUGCUGUAGAAAGAUCCUAGUUGCCUUUGUGUAUAUCAACUGCCUGCUUGAGUAUUUUGUGUGUGGAAGUUUUCUCUGUAUUCUCGUGGAACUGUUUGGGGUGUUUUUUCCUGCCAUAUCGCUCGCAGCCACAGCGAGCCGCUGACGGUUAUAUUUGCUGUGUAUACCUUCAUUUUCUGAUGAGGUGUUUUACAGUUUUGUUUCACUUUGUGUAGUGAUUCACUCUGUGGAGUUUUCUGACUGUUGUUAUAUAACUUCAUAUACACAAAUGAUCAAUAAAAAUGUUUUAUUUCCUGUUGA